UGUACAAAAAAAAAAAGUUACGAUUUUAUAAACUACUACGAGCCCUCUGUGGACAGCAAGUUAUCAGGUAAUAAACAGUCACAACACCAUGAGGAAAUAGAGACAAAUAAGGAAAACGUAAUUAAAGAAGAAAAGAAGCACGAUAAGAAGAAAAAUAAACGGAAAAACGAAAGUAUAGAUGUAUCAAAUAUUGAUCAAAGCAGUACCAACAUUAAUGCCAAUAUAUCCUUUAAUAGCUCUAAAGUAACAUCUACUCCAAAAGCCGCCAUAAAGACUCUCGGUGAAAAAGUUAAAUCCAUUAUGAAAUCAAUACCAACAGCAGCUGAGGAUUCGUUAGACCGAGCUGAAGAUGACACUUCUAAUGCAAAGAGUAGGCGUAAGAAGAGAAAUAAAUCUGUAAGCUUUAUGUUGGAUGAUGCUAAACCUGAGGCCAAGAAGUCUAAAUCCAAUACAUCCGAGCAAUCGACAAAUGAAGAAGUCCCAAAAAAGAAAGAUAAAAAGAAUAAGUUGUCAAAGUUCAACAGUGGUAAGGAAAAUAAAUUAAGCAAUACAAAAUUAAAGAUGGAAUUAGAUGAAGGUAAAGCAAGCAUACAACAUUUUGAUGCUGAAGAAACAACUUCAGAGAACCAAGUAAGUAAUGCAAAAAUUAAGAAAAAGAAGUCAAAAAAGAUUGUGAAAUCAGAUAUUGAAGAGGCAGAAAUAGGAAAUGAGGAGGAUAACAAAAUCAAGAAGAAGAAAAAGAGACAGUCAAAAGAAACUGCCGUAGCAUUUGGUGAAGAGCCAGCUCCCAAAAGUAGCAGAAAAACUGAAAAGCCUGACAUGAUUGCAGAAAGCUUAGAAAACUUAAAUCUAGGAAGCAAUGCACACACUUUGACUGACCUCAUUGACCAAAUGACAGUUGCCGACAAAAGUAACAAGAAAAAGAAACUAAAAGGAAAAAAAGAUAAGGCUAAAAAUGAUAAGACAAAAAAGGAGGACACAAAGGACGAUGAGGAAGCUAAAGAAAAAAUCAAAUGGACAAAAAAGAAGUGGAAUAAAGGAAGGAGAGAUUUCAUUCAUGUAGACAGGAUACAGACUUCAGUUAUCAUUGAAAAUUUGCCUCUCACUGCAAUGUUUUCCUACAAAAAUAUUCUGUCUGAACAUUUUAGUAACUGUGGUCAGAUCAAGCAAAUAGGUAUUGCUGAAUUGUAUCCAGGUGAAAAUCCUAAGCCAGUUUUUAAUACCACCAUAUUAUUUGACACAGAAGAUGCUGCAACCAAGGCAUUAGAAGAAGACAACACAUUAUUGGAGGGGAACAGGAUUCGAGUUAAGCGCCCAUUGCCUUACAACCAGACAACCAUUGUUGUGAGAACUUAUGCUGAGUUGACAGAACAAACAUUGAGUACUAUGUUCAGUAGUGCAGGCCGCAUCCGCAAGAUCAAACUACUGGUGAAAGGAAAGAAAUUGAGUUCGACUGCAUUCAUAGAGUUCGAUAGUGCUGAGGCUGUUGAACGCGCUGUUAAGUCUGUUGAAGGUGUACUGAUCAAUCGAAAGAAAGUUAAUGUUUUUAAGUAUCAAGAUGAAUAUGGUAGGAAAGAAAAUAAUAAAGGUGGUAUUCAUGAAAGUGAUUCGUAAGAAUUGAUUAUUAUUCU